UAAUUUUCAGGCAAUAUCUACUUUCUCUUUCUUCCUUCUCUCCUCUCCUAGUCUCCUCUCUCCUGUGUAGCUUCGCAGCUCGACCCCGAUGAAACCAUUAUUUCUCCCGACGAAAUAAGCAACGGCGAGAGGGAGAUGACGAUGGAUCCAUCGUUCUUGCUGAUGCUAUCGAACCUCCUCCACCUCCACAACCACCUAGACCCAACUUCCUCUCUCCUAUCGGAUUCCCAUGGUCCAUCCACCACCGCCGGCAUCUCUCCGACUGCUACCCUCUCCUCCACUUCUGCUGCUCCUCUCCUCUUCUUCACCAUCGCCUCCGUCCUCUCUUAUGCUGCCUCUCUCCGAUCCUCCUCUUCUGCUGCCAACGACCAGAACAAGAACUCUAAUAGCAAUGACCCCACCGAUUACAGCGUCUCUGCCUUCCGAGCCCUUUCCACCGAGCACAUUUGGACCAUGGAAGCUCCUGUGCGAGAUGCCCAGUGGCGAUCCUCUUACGGACUUUCAUACCCUGUCUUCACCACCGUCGUCGAUAAGCUAAAACCCUACAUCGCUCAAUCCAACCUUUCCCUCCCCACAGAUUACGCUGUCGCCAUGGUCCUCUCCCGUCUCGCCCACGGUUACUCUGCCAAAACCAUAGCCUCCCGAUACUCCCUCGACCCGUACCUGGUCUCCAAGAUCACCAAUACGGUCACCCGUCUCCUGGCCACCAAACUCUACCCGGAAUUCAUCAAGAUCCCCGUCAGCCGCCGUCGCCUCCACGAGACCACCCAGGCCUUCGAGGAACUUACCUCCCUACCCAACAUGUGUGGCGCCAUCGACGGUAGUCCUGUCAAGCUCCAUCGUCUCCCUCCCGAUCAGGAGCUCCUCAAUCACCCGUCCGCCUAUAGAUGCCGCUAUGGGUUCCCCGCCGUCCUCCUUCAGGUUGUGGCCGACCAUAAGAAGAUCUUCUGGGACGUUUGUGUCAAGGCCCCCGGCGGCACCGAUGAUGCCACUCACUUUAGAGACAGCCUAUUGUACAAUCGUCUUACCUCGGCUGAUAUCAUCUGGGAUAAGGUGAUCAAUGUUCGCGGCCACCACGUCCGCCCGUACAUUGUCGGCGACUGGUGCUAUCCAUUGCUGUCAUUCCUACUCACGCCUUUCUCUUGGAAUGGCACUGGAACGCCGGCUCAGAUUUCCUUCGACGCUGCCCUAAUGAGGGGACGGUCCGUUGUCGUGGAUGCCAUUGGGUUGCUCAAGGGGAGGUGGCGAAUUCUGCAGGAUUUGAAUGUCGGGCUUAACCAUGCACCUCAAACUAUUGUUGCUUGCUGCGUUUUGCACAAUCUAUGUCAGAUUGCAAGGGAGCCUGAGCCCCCAAUUUGGAAGGAACCGGAGGAGACCGGGCCUCCUGCAAGGGCGUUGGAGAAUGAGAAGUCAUUUUAUUAUUUUGGAGAAAGCUUGAGGCAGGCAAUGGCAGAUGAUCUACACCAACGGCUUCCAUCGAGGUAAGGCGUUCCAGAUGUUUCCAUCUUUGAAUGGAAGGAUUAUACUGCUGCGACCCUUCUCCUUAACAAUGUAUUUUCCUUCUAGUUUUAGGCCAUUGUUAGAUGAUAACUGUGUUCUUUUUUUAUUAUUUUUUCUUUUAUUUCCAACUUGUAUCUACACUAGAAACGUAGCUUUUUGGGCCAGUCCUAUUGUAAUGGAUCUUUUCUGUACUUGUCCUAUUGGGGCAAACUAAGGUAGGAAGGAGAAAAUGGAAAGGUGAGAAAAAUCAAACUCUGUUGAUUGAAUUGACCAUCAUUACCCAUACAACCUUAGCUAGAGAGACUUCAUUACUCAUACAAUAGUGGAGUUCUUUCGAUCUUGUAUUGAUA